CUCUACAAAGGAUCAUUUCAACUCUGGCAAAUAAAAAUGAUGAAAUUCAGAACUUUAUUGAUACACUAAAUCAAACAUUAAGAGGAGUUCAGGAAAAUUCUUCUAACAUACUUUCAGAGUUAGAUGAAGAAUUUGAUAGUUUGUACUCUAUAUUGGAUGAUGUAAAAGAAAGUAUGAUUAAUAGUAUCAAGCAAGAACAAGCUCGUAAAUCACACGAGUUACAGAAUCAGCUUAGUCAAUGUAAUAAUGCCCUGGAGAAUUCUGAAGAAUUGCUAGAAUUUGCGACAAGGUCCUUAGAUAUAAAGGAGCCUGAAGAUUUUUCAAAGGCUGCCAGACAGAUCAAGGAUAGAGUCACAAUGGCUUCAGCCUUUCGCCUUUCUUUGAAACCAAAGGUCAGUGACAGCAUGACUCACUUAAUGGUGGAUUUCUCUCAGGAAAGACAGAUGCUGCAAACUUUGAAGUUUUUGCCAGUCCCUAAAGCUCCAGAGAUAGACCCAGUGGAGUGUUUGGUGGCUGACAACUCUGUAACAGUAGCUUGGAGAAUGCCAGAAGAAGAUAAUAAGAUUGACCAUUUCAUACUGGAAUACAGAAAAACUAAUUUUGAUGGACUGCCACGUGUAAAGGAUGAGAGAUGUUGGGAGAUAAUUGAUAACAUUAAGGGUACUGAAUAUAUAUUAUCAGGCUUAAAAUUUGAUUCAAAAUAUAUGAAUUUCAGAGUGCGAGCUUGUAACAAGGCUGUGGCUGGAGAAUAUUCUGAUCCAGUGACCUUAGAGACCAAAGCACUGAAUUUCAGUUUGGAUAAUUCAUCAUCCCAUUUGAACCUGAAAGUUGAAGAUACCUUGGUAGAGUGGGAUCCUACUGGAGGAAAAGGUCAAGAAAGUAAAAUCAAAGGGAAAGAGAACAAGGGCAGUGUCCAUGUUACUUCACUGAAGAAACAUACAAGUGGUACACCAUCCCCCAAACGGACAUCCGUAGGUUCCAGGCCACCAGCAGUAAGAGGCAGCAGAGACCGUUUCACUGGGGAAUCAUACACAGUGCUAGGAGACACUGCUAUUGAAAGUGGACAACAUUAUUGGGAGGUCAAGGCCCAGAAGGACUGUAAAUCCUAUAGUGUGGGAGUAGCAUACAAAACUUUGGGGAAAUUUGACCAAUUGGGAAAGACAAACACUAGUUGGUGUAUCCAUGUCAACAACUGGCUACAAAAUACUUUUGCAGCAAAACAUAAUAAUAAAGUCAAAGCUUUGGAUGUUACUGUUCCAGAGAAAAUAGGUGUAUUUUGUGAUUUUGAUGGGGGUCAACUUUCUUUUUAUGAUGCAAAUUCAAAACAGCUGCUGUAUUCUUUUAAGACAAAGUUUACUCAGCCAGUACUGCCUGGUUUCAUGGUUUGGUGUGGUGGACUUUCUUUGAGUACUGGGAUGCAGGUUCCAAGUGCUGUGAGAACACUUCAGAAAAGUGAAAAUGGAAUGACUGGUUCAGCCAGCAGCCUGAACAAUGUUACUCAGUAACACCUACGCAGAAUGUUUACCCUCCCUCUUGACUGGGUGGCCUUUUCUGUGCAGUUACCUAUCACAGAAAUUUGUGAGUGGUGGAAAUCAGGUUUGCUAUGUUCUGCUUUAAGGCCUGGAAUCUCUUAGCUUAAGCAUCUAGUAUGAAGCAUUUACAGGAAUCUACUGUGCAAUAUCAUAGAAGCAAGCAGUUCUGGAGCAAGAAACUGAUGUUUUGAAGAGUAAAUGGGAAAGAAGGCAGUGUUUAAAUAUUUAUAUAGAAACUCGUUUUUGUGUUUCUUUAAUUACUUUUGUUCUUUUAAAAUGUUUAAUUACAUUUGGU